AGAGAGACUUUCAUCAAAAUGAUGGAGUGGACUUUUGAGGAGAACAAGGUUUUUGAGAAUGCAAUUGCAGAGUUCAACCUUGAUUCUCCGGACAUAUUUCAAAAAAUCGCUUUCCAAAUUCCUGGAAAAACAAUUGGUCAGAUCAUUGAACACUAUGAAGCACUAGUGGAAGAUGUUGAGAUGAUCGAAUCGGGGCGAAUUCCGUUACCUGAUUACAAAGAUACCAAGAAUGAUGAGAGUAGGAGGCAGAACAACAACUCUGGCCAUCUACAUAGGAGGAAAGGGAUUCUUUGGACUAAAGAAGAACAUGAGAACUUUCUAAUUGGGUUGGAUAGAUUUGGUAGAGGAGAUUGGAAGAGUAUUUCCAGGCACAGUGUGAAGACUAGGACCCCAACCCAAGUGGCCAGCCAUGCCCAAAAGCACUUUCUCCGGUUAGAAAAGGGCGCUAAUGACCACCAGAAUGUGAAAUCUACCUCAAAGGCAACCACAUCCUGAGCUGAGCAUGAAAAAGGGUUCACAUAUCAAUCAAAAUAUACAUACAUAC